CCUGCCUGUGCGCGUGCGCGUGUGACAGCUGGGGCUCGCCGGCGCUCCUCCAGUCUCUGCUAAGAAGCUUCAUCCCCAAAUAGGAUGACCGUCGGCGGCUGCGCGCACCUCCGGGACUCCCGUUUCUUUAUGUGGGACUUUAAUUUAUUUUUGAAUUUUUUUCUCUACAGCAGUCUAGUCCAUGUUUGUUCUAUUUCCUAGUGUGGAUUUCGCCAUGGAUAUUACGAUUUAAGCGCGACAUGUAAAGACAAAAAAAAAAAAAGAGAGGAAAAAGUAGCGCUCGUAUUGUUGCGAACUGCGUAAACAAUCACGUUUUGUGGAUUACUAAGUAAACAAGAACCGACUCGUUUACUGGAAGAUUUGCCCAUUCAUGAGCUGAAGGUAAGAAUUAGUCCGCUUGCAUGGAAUGAACCACCGGAUCCGGCAGAUGAAGCUGUGGUGAAAAAAAAACCAUGCAUGACUGCAACCUGCAGAGCCACGAGAGGUGUUUAUCCGUCCACUGUGGUUGAAUGAGGGUGAGGUACAUCUGCAGCAGAGGACCAGCAGCGGCAGUAGAGUGGUGCGACCAUGAGGUCAGAGGCCUUCUUCCUCUACUUCUCGCUACUGCACAUAGCUGGGGCGGGCUUCCCCGAAGACAGCGAGCCUAUCAGUAUCUCGCACGGCAACUACACCAAGCAGUACCCAGCGUUUGUGGGCCACAAGCCCGGCAGAAACAACACACAACGACAUAAACUGGACAUCCAACUCAUCAUGAUCAUGAACAAGACCUUAUUCAUCGCUGCCAGGGAUCACAUAUACACAGUGGACACGGACACCGCCACUGGUGACGAGAUCUUUUUCAGUAAGGUGAGCAAGACCAGGACGUCUUUUUCUGCGGCCGACGACAAAAUGACGUGGAAGUCCAGGCAAGCAGAUGUGGAUACAUGCCGGAUGAAAGGAAAGCACAAGGACGAGUGUCACAAUUUCAUCAAAGUACUCCUGCAGCAAAACGAUGACACCUUGUUUGUGUGCGGGACAAACGCUUUCAACCCCUCAUGUCGAACAUACAUGAUGGACACCUUGGAAGCUCUCGGAGAGGAGAUAAGCGGGAUGGCCCGUUGCCCUUAUGAUGCCAAGCAUGCCAACGUAGCUCUCUUUGCUGAUGGCAGGCUGUACUCGGCCACGGUCACUGACUUUCUGGCCAUUGAUGCGGUCAUCUAUCGUAGCCUUGGAGACAGCCCGACUCUGCGGACUGUUAAACAUGACUCCAAGUGGCUAAAAGAGCCCUACUUUGUCCAAGCAGUCAAUUACGGAGACUUUAUCUAUUUCUUCUUCAGGGAGAUUGCUAUGGAGUACAACACAAUGGGAAAGGUGGUGUUUCCUCGGGUGGCGAGGGUUUGUAAGAACGACCGAGGUGGCUCACCUCGUGUCCUGGAGAAGCAAUGGACGUCGUUCCUCAAGUCCCGACUGAACUGCUCCAUACCAGGCGACUCGCACUUUUAUUUUAACAUCCUGCAGGCUGUGACGGACGUCAUUCACAUCAACGGGAGGGACGUUGUGAUGGCGACCUUCUCCACUCCCUACAACAGCAUUCCAGGCUCUGCGGUGUGCGCCUAUGACAUGGCAGAGGUGGCCAACACGUUCACAGGGCGAUUCAAAGAGCAAAAAUCCCCCGACUCCACCUGGACCCCUUUUCCUGAGGAUAGGGUUCCCAAGCCAAGGCCUGGCAACUGCGCAGGGUCUCCAUCCAUGGAGAGGUACAAGGUGUCCAAUGAGUUUCCCGAUGACACGCUCAACUUCAUCAAGAUGCAUCCCCUGAUGGAUGAGGCGGUGCCCUCUAUCGCCAACCGACCCUGGUUCCUCAAAACCAUGGUUCGCUAUCGCCUGACACGCAUCGUGGUGGAUAGCAAGGCCGGACCCCAUAAGAACCACACUGUGGUCUUCCUGGGAUCUGAGAAAGGCAUCAUCCUCAAGUUCCUCGCGAAAAUGAACAACGGCUUCCUCAACGACAGUUUGUUCUUGGAGGAGCUCAACGUCUACAAUCCUGACAAGUGCAGUAUAGACGGAGCUGAGGACAAGCGCAUCGUCAGCAUCCAGAUUGACGCCAGGGGUCACGCUUUGUGGGUUGCCUUCACCUCCUGUGUGGUUAAAGUACCGCUGUCUCGCUGCGAAAGGCAUGGGAGAUGCAAGAAGUCCUGUAUCGCCUCCAGGGACCCUUACUGUGGUUGGGUGUCAGAAGGAGCCUGCAGACAAGUGGUUGACACUAAAUCGGCCUUUGAGCAGGACGUGGAGCAUGGUAACACAGAUGGCCUGGGAGACUGCCAAAAUACCUUUGUGGCACUGAAUGACGUUCCUUCCAGUUAUAAAGGCCGCCGUCACCACCACCAUCACCACCCCACCCUCUCACUCCCCACCCUGGCCAUACCCGAGGCCGCCGAGGGCCCCCUUGGGCGGGGCCGCAUGGUGGAGCGCAAGGACUUCCCUAUGAGCUCAGACAAAGGGGAGGACCCCUACAUGGCCGUACCCUCUCAGACUCUGCCCGAAGUUGAUGGUGUGAUCCGUGAGAGCUACCAGAAGGCCCGUGACCAGCUGGUUCCCGUCACUCUCCUGGCCAUCGCCGUCAUCCUAGCGUUCGCCAUGGGCGCCAUCUUCUCCGGCAUCAUCGUCUACUGCGUCUGCGACCACCGGCGCCGAGACUUGGAGCUGCCGGGCCGCAAGGAGAAGGACAACCACCACCUGCGCCGCGGCUCCAUGAACAGCGUGACCAAGCUCACGGGCCUGUUUGAGACGCAGGCCAAAGACGGCCGCCCCGAGGCCAUCCUCUCGCCUCUGAUGCACAACGGCAGGCUGACCCCCAACGGCAAGAUGCUCAUCAAAGCCGACCAGCACCACCUGGACCUUUCCGCUCUGCCCACGCCCGAGUCCACCCCCAUACAGCCUCGCCGCAAGCCCAGCCGGGGGAGCCGGGAGUGGGAGCGCGCCCAGAACCUCAUCAACGCCUGCACCAAGGACAUGGCUCCGAUGGGCUCCGCCGUCAUCUCAGACCUGCCCCUCAGGGCGUCGCCGGGCCACAUCCCCAGCGUGGUGGUGCUGCCACUCCCGCAGCAUCAGCACCAGCUCCCGCCUCACCUGCACCAGCACGAGUACGUGGAGCAGCCUCACCCCGGCGACCUCGCCUUGAGCCUCAUGGACGACCAGGGCGCCACCUUGGAGUACAAGACGGUCAAGAACCCCCACCGCAACCUGGUGGAUCCGUCCGGGCCGCUGCCGCCCCGCGUCCCCCAGCGGGAGGCCUCCCUCGCCGUGCCGCCCGCAGUCCCGCAGAUGGGCAAGCGCCUCGAGGUCCACUCGUCCGUCUACGGGCUCCGGAAAGGAUCCUCCGCCUCGGGCUCGUCCGGCCUGAAGAAGCACAACACCAACUCGUCCAACUCCUCCCAUUUGGCGAGACAUCAGAGCUUCAACCGCGUGGAGACGCCGCCCCCUGCGCCCCAGAGGGUGGACUCCAUACAAAUGACGGCGCAGGGGAUGUCUCUUUCCCGGAUGAGCUCCUACGCUUCGCUGCCUCGAGGCAGCCUCAAGUACCUCAAGCCCGACGUUCCUCCCAAACCGUCCGCAGUGUCGCUGUCCACAAAGGUCAAGUCCAGUGACUCGUGCACAUAGUCCGCCUACUUUGACCACCUUUCAGUUCUCCUCUGUGUACAAUUCAGUUGUUUUUUUUAGGAACACGCUUUCUUUUAUACCAACAUGUAAAUAUGGCGGGGGGAACUCGUGCUACUGUAGCAUCGAGACGGCGGCUCUCUUGUACGCGUGGGGGAGGGUCCGGUUUUUUGUUUUUUGGAGGCGGUGUACAGUACGGACUUAAGAGCUCGGACUGACAAAAAAAAAAAAGACGAAGCCUGUGGGAAUACUGUGAAAAGCCUCCAAGUGUUACCGCAAUCAAGUCCCCGCCCGCCUCGACGGGCCUGGAUCAGAAGAACAGGAAAACACUUGACUGUUCCUACUAAUAGCUCCUUGUAUUUAUUUUUUAUCAAGUGCUUUUUUUUGAAGAGAAGACUUUUUAGGCUGGGGCAAGAGAGAUCUUUUUUAAUAUGAAUUAAUCAAGUGGGAUUAAAAAAAAACAAAAAACAUAUUUAAAGUCAUUAAACUGGAGCCACUAGAUUUUUUUUUUUUAAUGACACAAAGCGAGGAGAAAGGAGGAGAUAUUUAUUUACAGCGUGCCACAAACAGGACUGUCUCAUUUGAAAAGAAUCUUCCCCCUUUUGCUCGCUCCUCCAAUCAGCACUGUGGGUUUUAAUGUGUGUGUGUGAGAGUCAGUAACGUCGCCUCCAUCACUGGGGAGGAACUUUAAAAACAAAAAACAAACACAAAAAAAGUUAACAACAAAAACAUGUGUUCCCCCUCCCCUCAUGUAAAUUUGUGCCUUACACCUGAAAGUAGUGACCAUGUUUUCUUCGAUAGCUGUUAACUUGUAGGUUGUUUGUUUUUUUUCUUACGUCAUGAUGUGUCCCUCAUUUGAUAAAAAUAAUGAAGAAUGUAGGUGUUAUUGUUGUAAUUCUGUUCCCCUACACACACACACACACACACACACACACACACACACACA